ACCAGGAACCGCAGGAGAAACACCGCACUGUGAGCGGGCAUGACCCGGAGGAGAGCUCUCACCUGCUAACACAGCUAGCCCAUUACAGAGCCGCAACCAGGGAGACAUGGGAGGGUCUCCGAGCGUCGAGAUACCAGGUGGAGGGACUGAAGGGUACCACGUCCUCAGAGUGCAGGAGAAUUCCCCCGGUCACCAGGCAGGACUGGAGCCAUUCUUUGAUUUUAUCAUUUCUAUUUGUGACACCAGACUGAACAAGGACAACGACACACUAAAAGAGCUGCUGAAGAUGAACGUGGAGAGGCCGGUUACGAUGGUGUUAUACAGCAGCAAGACCCUGGCAGUGAGGGAGGCGACUGUCAUACCCAGCAACAUGUGGGGCGGACAAGGGCUUCUGGGAGUCAGCAUUCGCUUCUGCAGCUUUGAAGGAGCCAACGAAAAUGUUUGGCAUGUCCUGGAGGUGGAGCCAAACUCUCCUGCAGCCCUGGCCGGUUUGAGGGCUCACACAGACUACAUUAUAGGAGCAGACACUGUCAUGAAUGAGAGUGAAGAUCUGUUCUCUGUUGUUGAAACCUAUGAGGGGAAAGAAUUGAAGCUGUACGUUUAUAACACGGAGACAGACAGCUGUCGCGAAGUGCUGAUCACUCCAAACUGUGAUUGGGGUGGAGAGGGCAGUCUUGGAUGUGGGAUCGGCUACGGCUACCUGCACAGGAUACCUACAGUGCCAUUUUCAGAGGGAAAGAGGAGCUUUUCACAGACUGCCAGUGAACCAGCUCCUCCACAUAAAGAUGGCUUCACAGAGGUCACUCUCUCUGCUGUCAUCCCAACUGUUCCAGUAACCGUGUCUUCUUCUGCAUCCACUGGAUUAGAGCAGUCUCUCAGUGGAUUAUCUGUCGGCUCUGACCUGACCUCUGUCGUUAGCAGUGCACAGACAGGAUCUCCUCCUGUCCCACUGCUCAGCCAGGUCCCCUCCUCACACAGCGUGCCCCCAUCUGAUAACCCUGCUGCCCCUCCACCAGGUUUAAUGCCCUUACCUGGAGGUCUUCCACCCCUUCCUAAACUACCAAAUCUUAACUUCACCUUGCCAGAUGUGGGGCAUGUUUUAACACCUGGAGUGAGUGGAUUACAACCUGCAGGUCUUCCACCUCUCUCUCUGCCUGCUGGAGUCCCUGGUGUAACCUUGCCCCCUCCUGACUUUAUUCUUCCUCCCAUCACUGCUUAUACAGCUCCUGCUGCUACACAUGAAACCGCAUCUCCCUCCUCCACCCUCAUAAUGAACAAUUCACUGAGCAAAACCUCCAUCCAAUCAUCAGUGAACACCAGUGAAUCCAUAAAUAUCCCAAUGACCACAGACUUGUCUUAGCAGACAACAUUGUUAACUUCUUCAGUCUAAGUACAACAGAGCCGGUUUAUUAGCUGCAUGGCUAAACUGACACUUUUCCGUAUACACCGCUAUGAUUUCUUAAUGAGCUUCUGUAUGUUGAGGAUACUGGAGCUACAUUGCUGCUCGUCUCACAUGCAUAGAUUGUUAUCCUCGUGUCCGUAUGCUGCAGUCCUGCAACUGAAGUGCAGUUUGUUUCCGCUACGUCACACAAGAACCCUUAAAUGUAAAAUAUGAGGGGAAGCAGGUUACUAUUAGUGUGCAAGUCUGUCAGUUUGACCUUUUUAGUACAGAGCCCCUAAAAAAUUUAUGAAAGGCAUUACUUUUUUAGCUACUUUUGCAUUUCCUCUGAUCCAUAAGAUUAGUUUAUCCAUCCAUUUUCUAUACCGCUUGUCCUGUUACAGGUCGUGGAGCCUAUCCCAGCUGUCAUUGGGUGAGAGGUGGGGUACACCCUGGACUGGUUGCCAGUCAAUGACUGAAUCUCAAUGUCCACACUCACUAACUGAGGUGCGCUCCCAUGAAGUCCAUAAGGGCGUAGGGCUGUCCCGCUGUCAAACUUAAAAAAGUGUGCGAGGGAUCUCUCGCAGACUUUUUGAGCCCUUCAUGCACCCUUUCUGUAGGUGAGCAUAUCUGUAGACUUAGCGUGAGGGAAUUACCUGUAGUUCAUGGCAUUGUGACGUAUGACAGAUUUCCGGGGGAUGCCCUCUAGCAAACCCUAUAAAAAGAAGUGAAAAGAGCAACAUUGUAAAGAAAAAACAUGGAAGGGGGAAAAAGGGGUGGAUGUUGCAAAAAAGAAGUGUUCUUCCUUUAAGUAUAAAACAGCUUUCAUCCAGUGAGAAAACAGGUCUAUAAGUGAGGCACGCUUUGUUUUAAGCUCUGCAAGAUGCUGACUGUCAACAAAAACAAAGGGCUGUCCCAUUCCUGUUUCUACUAUUUCGAGCCCUUGCAGCCUCAUGCACUUAAUCACCUUCCAGGUGAAGUCAGUUAAGUCAAUAAGGGUUCAGGGUUUAGGGAGGAGAUUGAGAUUCAGCCAAUCACAGGGCUGACACAAAGAGACAGACAACCAGGGAUGCUCACUUAUGGCUAAUUUAGAGUCACCAGUUAACCUAAUGAGCAUGUUUUUGGGGUUGGGAGACAGCCUGAGUACCCGGGGAGAACAUGCAAACUCCGCACAGAAAGGCCCUGACCGGGAAGCGAACCAGGAACCUUCUUGUGUGAGGCAGCAGCGCUAACCCCUGCACCACCGUGCAGCCCAGAUUAGUUUAUUGUGGUCUUAGGUGGUUUUUAUUGAUUGCCACAAUAAGCCAACUUUCUACACACUGCACAGAGAGAUGAUGAGACUCAAUACAUUUUGCAUUCCUCUUUGCAGCUGUGUUUGAUUUUAAGGAACACAAUUAUUAAAAGCCCUUUAGCAAAAUGUAAAUAUUUUAUUAAACUUUUAGGGGCUCUGUAUACCACGUAAGCCUUUAGGGUAUGAAGCAGUAUUAACUUGUACCGGUAGGGCUUUACUUUUAUGAAAGCAGGUUUACUUGCUAAAUCACUGUAGCCAUUACACAGAUUCAAGGGUUUGUUUUUGUACAUAAAUAAUAUUUGUAAAGUGAGAUACUGUUGCCUUGAUUAAACCAAUGUAUUUUCUCUACCACAGCCUCUGC